CCUAACAUGUUUAUACAUAGUAUAGCUAAUUGUUAAGUAAUACACACACACCAAUGCAGAGAAAUAAGAGUCAGUACUCACUAAUUAUACCUAUGAACUGAGUUGUUAUUUUAAACCUAACCACAAUAAAAUUGCACGUGUUUUAGAGAUAAGAGUGGUUCAAAGUUCUAAAAUAAAAUAGCAAAAACCAGCUACAUAGUCAAUACAAGUGAACACGUAUUUACAGUGAAGAAUAUCAUCAUGUCUACGAGCAGUUUAAAAAGUUUAUUAACUUCUUCUAUUCGCGCUGGAAAUAUUGAAAAAAUUCGAACUUUGUUAAAUUCAAUAAAUAUAUCUGACACAGCGUGGUAUACAGCUUUAAAACGAGCAUUAAAAUAUAAACACUUUAAAAUUGCAAAGCUCUUGCUGACUAAUCAUAAUAAUGUGUUUAGUACAUCUGACCCACGAUUAAAUCCAUUACUGCAUUAUGCAGUAAAAAUAGGAAAUUUAUCAAUUGUAAAACUUCUUUUGGAACGGGGAGCGGACAUCAAUGCUGAAGAAUCUAAUGGCGUAACUGUUCUUCAUGUUGCUGUUUCUCACCAGCAUUUAUCAAUUGUUCAGUGGCUUUUGAGGAAAGGUGCUCUGGCUAACUUAAAGUGUAAUUUACCAGACAGAGCAGGUUAUACACCACUUCAUUUGGCGUGUGAAAUAACAAACUGUGAAUUUGCUAAAAUUUUAAUCGACUACCAAGCAGACGUUAAUUGUUCCUCUGUAGACAAUGUACAACCAAUUCAUAUUGCUGUUUUGUAUGAAAAUGAAAAAAUUAUUUGCUUACUUUUGAGCCAUGGUGCAAACAUUAAUUCACGGUAUUAUCCAGGACCUAAUAUUUACAGCAAUUAUUUUUAUCCACCAACCUUGUUGAGUUAUGCUGUUCAAACAAAAAAUUUAAACGUAGCAGUACUGCUGAUCAAAUAUGGAGCUUCUAUUUAUUCGCAAGAUAAUGAAGGAAAAACUUUAUUGAUGUAUGCAGUCGAAAAUAAUGAUACGGACAUAGUGAAACUUCUUUUGAGUAACGGAGCCGUUAUGAACGAUUGUGAUAAUAUUGGACGAACAGCGAUUAAUUUUUUGAGUUGUAACGAGACUUCAUGUAAAUAUAAUUCCCUUAAAUCAGAACGUAAAUUUAAGACAAAUUCAUUUCCUUAAACUAGAGCUUGAAUUCGGAAAAUAAUAAUAACUUCUGAUUUCAGAUGAUUUUUGUGUUAUAAUAUCAUUUUAAUAUGAUAUAGAUAUUUCAGCAAUAUAUUAAAUCAACUUUGCAUUUUAUACAUAAUACUUAUAAUAUUAAUGAUUAAAUAAUAUUUUUUUGAUUGAAAAUUUCUAAUACUUAUUUCUUUGUUUAUAAUGCAUUACACAACUAAAAUAUUUUAUAUUUAUACUACUUUUA